AUGUCUACGGCACUCCGAUUACCCUUCCGCAAACUCGCCGAGGUGCCUAACGCUGGAGACGAUGGACAUGGACCACAGCACCUUCUCAGACAAUUCCGCUGGGGAACCACGGCCUUGAUCAACAGUCUUCUCACCGGCGCAUUCUCGGACGUCAAGAUCAAGAGGAUCGGGUUUCCACACAUUCAGACUAAGGAUAAGUGUAGUCUUGAUGGGAUGGUGCCUGGGAUCUUGAGGCAUGCGCGCUCCACUCGUGGCGGUAUCCUUGUCAGCAUUGCAACCUCAAGCCCAACCAUCAUCCAUAACCCAACACCACCACCAUCGCCUCAGCUGGAUCCUUCGGACAUGAUGUUUUCCAAGUUGAUGCGAUCAUGUCCUCACCUGAUGUUCCUAUCGAUUCCAAAUUACGCCGCAAGAGUUGAGUCCUUUGAGCGGGCUGAAGAGAGUGGGCGUGUCAGGAUCCAGAAGCUCUCUAUUUGA